GCGAGCGGAAGUACGCCUGCGUAGCCCGGGCGCCAGCUCGGACCUCGGCUAGGGAUCCAGAUCACCCCGCCUCUCCCUGGUUGUUGCGUUCAGUUACGGACGGAAACGCCAUUAGCCCGGCUGGUCGUUGGCGUGCGCGCGCAAAAGGCAUCCGCUGCCUUUCCCCUUCGAGUGUAUACGCCCCCCCCCACGCACCUACGCAUUCUGUACCUCCCUCGUUCCCCUCAGGCAGUCAGCGCGGCGAGCUGGGCCGAGCGAGCCUCUGCCGCCGAUUGGGGCCGCUCGGGCGGGCCGCCCUGCCGCCACCGAGAUUGAAAGCAUGGCUAUCCUUUUCGCAGUUGUUGCCAGAGGCACAACCAUCCUUGCCAAACAUGCUUGGUGUGGCGGAAACUUCCUGGAGGUGACCGAGCAGAUUCUGGCUAAAAUACCCUCUGAAAAUAACAAACUCACUUAUUCACAUGGAAAUUAUCUAUUUCACUACAUCUGCCAAGACAGGAUUGUGUAUCUUUGUAUCACAGAUGAUGAUUUUGAACGUUCCCGAGCCUUCAGUUUUCUGAAUGAAAUCAAGAAGAGGUUUCAGACUACUUACGGUUCCAGAGCACAAACAGCCCUUCCCUAUGCCAUGAACAGUGAGUUUUCCAGUGUUCUGGCUGCACAACUGAAACAUCACUCUGAGAACAAACAUGUGGACAAAGUGGUGGAGACUCAAGCCCAAGUGGAUGAAUUAAAAGGAAUCAUGGUCCGGAACAUUGAUCUAGUGGCCCAACGAGGAGAAAGAUUGGAGUUACUGAUAGAUAAAACAGAACAUCUGGUAGAUUCAUCAGUCACCUUCAAAACUACUAGCAGGAACCUUGCCAGAGCCAUGUGUAUGAAGAACUUGAAGCUCACCGUCAUCAUCAUUAUCGCAGUGAUGAUCUUCAUCUACGUUGUCGUCUCAGUUGCCUGUGGUGGGCUUACCUGGCCAAGCUGUGUGGCGAAAUAAAUUCAGAACAAUCUUAAGCCAAGAAGAUGAGGGAGCAAGGAUUUAAGAAGCAACCCAAGUAACUUCUUCCUGAUUGCUACUGUCCAUCCCUUCCUUCUACUUUUCUUCCAUCAUCCCCAGACUGCACUUUUCUUUGUGUAUCCCAGUGUCCCCCAAAUGGAGCCAUCCAGUCACUGCUUUUGUGCCACUGCCACCUUGGUUGGAAAGGGACUUGUCAUUUUGAACUUUUUGCUGUUACCCAGAUGGAGCCACCCAGAUCUCCAACUGCUAUUUGGGAAUAAAGAAGGCACACAUAUUGGUGUGACCAUAUACACCGAAGCAUUUGCACUUUAAUGGAAUCCAAAUGAUGCAUCUCAGCCUCAUCCCUUCCGAUACAUACGGACGGACACUAUUCCGAGUAGAGAAUCAGUAGUGGGGGCACACCUUUGCUCCUUUGGGGGGUUGGAAUUCCAGGAUUGGUGCCGUCCGUCUGUUCGUUUAGAGCCCACUCAAGACCUAUCAUUGCUAACCAGGUGAGGGUCAGAUCAAUGAUUAUCAGAAAGGACCUGUUGGAAUCCCUCAAGUCCAUUCAUCCCAUAUGGUAUUUUCUGGCAUCCAGUUCAGAAAAAUGGACCAAAGUAUUCCUCUGCUUUUCUGUUGCGAUUGAGUUGAAAAAGUGAUGGUUUCAUUCAUGUCCAAAGUUGGAACAAUGUUGCUACUUUCCUUAUUGUGUGUUUAAGUAUUUUUGUCCUCUUGUGGGGAGGGGGGGCUCUUCAGAUCAACCCUCUUGUUCCCAAAGUGGUAGAACUGCUUUGGCCAAGCAUGAUACAGGAAGAGAGACUCUAAAGAGCUUGGAUUGGCUUGGAAGUUAUUUAAGUAGAACACAGGAAAUCUUUUUUUUUGGGGGGGGGGUUGGGCAGUGGGGGUUAAGUGACUUGCCCAGGGUCACACAGCUAGUAAGGGUUAUGUGUCUGAGGCCGGAUUUGAACUCAGGUUCUCCUGAAUCCAGGGCCGGUGCUAGGAAAUCUAUUUCUUAUGAGAGCUUAACAGUUGUGUGGUAGCUGAGAGUACCUCUCUCCCCAUCCCCUAUAUUGGCUUUUAUUGCUGCUCAGCUACCGACUGCACAUCCUUCAAGGCUAGGCCUGUAUACAUUAAGUGUCUUUCUACAGUUGGACAAGAGAUUUAGCAAAUACUUGGCCAGAGCUCAGGUCACCAAACAAAGUGCAUUUUGGUGACUAAAUGGCCUUCAUUGGUAGUGGAAAGGGCAGGAUCCUUUAAAAAUGUUAAUGAUUUCAAAAAUCAUUUGACUGGAGUGCAGAUGGAAAGAAAGGAAAUAGUAUGGUGCAUAAAAGGAACAGAAAGCAGUGUAGUGAACCUGUCUUGGAACCUAGCUAGAGGUCAUGUAGUUUAAAGGACAUACCUGCUAUUAAGGAAAUUGCGAUGUGUAUUUCAAAGAGAGCCAGGGGUCUGUCUAUUGAUUUCUCAAUAAGUGUCCUUCAGUGAGAUUAUAUGAAGCUUUGACCCCUUUGUUAACUGAAGAAUUAGUGUCUGUGCUCCAUUCUCUUCAGAUUGCGGCUCCUCUUGAAUUAUCCCAGCCAUGUGCCUUGACUAUAUAUGCAUCACAUCAUGUGGCUCACAGUGCCUAUCCUUUUAAUUGCAUUCCAUAAUUCACACUGUUUCAUUGGUACCUGCUCCUUCACCCCCUUCCCUUAACCCAAAAUGCACAUUGAAAGUAUUACUGUCUCCCUUGCCCCCCGUGUUGUUGAUGCUCAUUGGUCAGAUCUAUCACAGUGGCCCUUUCAAAUCUUUUUUUUUUUUAAUAUUACUUUAACCUACUUGGUCCAGAACAGAAUUGUGCUUCCUUGGGUUAUAACCACCAAAAUAGCUUUACUCAGAAGCAAAUGGCUUCAAAGUCCAGUUCCCUUUUGUGUCCACACCUGCACCAAGUUACCAGUGCACCUAACUGUGCAUGUUUCAGGGAAUUGACUUUGCUCUUGAUUCUAUUUCUGUAUAAAACCACUUUUAACAAAGAUGUUCUUGUCUUAAAGAAUGCGUUCAUUGACGGCGUAAUUGAAAAGCUUCACCUCUUGAAAUAAAACGACACAGAAAUGUGA